AUGUCGUUUGUAUUCCAUAUUCUUCAUACUGUUCCAUACAGCAAUAAACCCAUCGUCAAGGAUGUGAUUGCAAGUUUACACAGUUAUUUUACUUGCAAUUUAUUGAUUGCUUUUUCUGUUAUCAUUAGUUUUAAACAAUUCGGUGGUCGGCCGAUGGAGUGUAUGUUGCCGAUGGGUUUCAGUGGAGCAUGGGAGCAGUACGCGGAAAAUUUCUGUUGGGCGCAAGAUACGUAUUUUAUUCCCCCAAAAGUUUUUGUUGAGCAUAUUUCGGCAGAAGAACGCCGAGAACGUCGGAUUAGUUAUUAUCAAUGGAUGCCGUUUUUUUUGUUGUUUCAAGCAGCAUGUUUUAAGGCGCCCACGCUUAUAUGGAAAUAUUUUGCCGGGCAGUCAGGGAUGAAGUUAGGUCAAAUCCUUCGAUUAGCUAGUGAUCCAGCAAAUUCAUCCUUGGAAGUUAAAAAAGGAAAUAUUGAAGCAUUAUGUGUACAUCUGCAAGGUGCGCUACGAUUUCAUGAACGAGUAAAAAAGAAGAAAUUGGUGCCUCAUAAAAUUUUUCGAUUUUUAAAUCUAAAAUAUGCGAAUUAUUACGUUGCAACGAUAUAUAUUUUAGCGAAGUUAGCAUUUUUGGCAAAUGCUAUAUUUCAAAUCUCUUUGAUGACACGAUAUCUAUUACCAGAGUUUAAGAAUGAUAAAGGCCUAGAGUCAUGGAUGAAUAUUAUCUGGCCUAAGAAUAUUUCUCCAUCAUGGCACCACAGUGGGAUUUUCCCUUUAGUAACGCUUUGCGAUUUUGAAGUCCGGGAAAUGGGAAACAUACAAACUCAUACGGUGCAAUGUGUUCUUGUUGUGAAUUUGUUCACUGAAAAAAUUUUCAUUCUUCUGUGGUCCUGGUUCAUAAUAUUAGCAACAGUCACCUCUUUGAAUGUUUUGAACUGGAUCUAUUUGUUAACGGAAAAUUGUUCAAAGGAGCACUUUAUCCUGAAUCAUCUGGAAAUGAGCGGAAUACCAUUUGAUAAAAAUGACCCUCAAAAUAAGAAGCACGUGGACCGCUUUUUGCAUAAAUAUUUGGGGACAGAUGGCAUUUUUGUUUUAAGAAUGGUUGCUAAUCAUGCGGAUGUCGUUUUUGCGACUGAGUUAAUCGCAUCGUUGUGGCAGUCCCACUAUGUUUUCGAGGAGAGAAGAAAAAAUAUAUCACAAAUGGAUAAGGUAUGGCCACAACACCAACAAAGAUUAGAAAUGGCAUUGCUUGAGGAAGCUCAAAUUGCUCGAAAAAUCAGCUCGGAUGCCUUGAAUGCCGUACAAAGGAAAAGAAGUGUUUUCUACGAUUCACCGUAUUUCGUGAAACGUGGUCCGUUGACUGGAAUAACAAUACCGAAAGUGCCAUCACGAAGCAUCCUAGGAAAUUCGUACGUAUUGUCUCGAAACAAUUCUAAAGACAGUAUGGUACCAUUUUCUCCCCGUCUCGGAAAUCAGUCUCGUGGCAGCAUUUUCUCGACUGAUAGUCAGAGUAAACUUCGACGACGACACAGCUUGGAAAAGAUCGAUAUUAUUAGUGGUGGUAGAGUUAAGAAAUUUGCAGACAGUAGCGACGAAGAAGAAAAGGAAAAGGAGAGAGAGAAAGAGAAAGGUCCAAAAAGCUUGAACAUGAGCCGGAAAAACACUGUCAAAAUUUGGUGA